AAGAGCGCUCUCUGCCUUCCUGCCGCAGUUGGAGUGGAGGAAGCUGCGUGUCUGAGGAAUGGCGCGGUACUAAAUUACCCGGACUUUGGUGAAAGACACAAAGAGGAGCCACGCAACGCUCUUUGCUGAAAGGAUACUAACAAGUGCUGUGCAUGGAAUAUAUUCGCAUAAGGGCAUCGGGCCUCGCUCUCCAGCUGCCAGCAUGAUGAAGGACUGCCUGCAGUUCCUUAUCGAGCCAGCCAAAAAGCUCAAAAUCCGGCUGAAGGAGUCCCGUAAACGAGUGAGACAUGAAAAGAAAGAGCCGCUGGUGGAAAGUCAGCUAUUUAUCAUGGAGCUGGCCCGAGAACUGAACAGAAUUUGCCAGAGAUCAAGCAUCCUCAGCCACAUCUGGACGACAGAGGAUACCUGGCCUCCCCGUGUGUGUCGUGAGUUCAUAAUGGACUGGGCCGCCGUGCUAGAGAAGGCAGUGCAGCCGCGGAUCAUCCUGACUGAGUACCAGUAUGAGAAGCCAGAGAAGAGGGCCUGGAAGGACCACUUCCUCUGCAUGCUGGAGUCAGGGGGCGAGUGCGACAUGGGACCCCACAAAAGAGUCAUCAUGGACUGGACACGAGAGAUUAAAAGUGGGCCUAAGCCCACUGUGUGGCCAGGAGAGCCUGUGUUGAUGAUGCUGGACGACCUGGAGUUCCAGUGGAAGAGGGGCCGUCUUCCCAACCUGCUCCCAGCCAUGGAGCUCGUCAUGCUGGCUGUGCUGAAUGCCAACAACCCAGACAAGGAGGAUGUGACCAAACAAUGGCUGGUGAGAAAGCAGAGGAGCCAGAAGAUCGAUGCUAUCCGCUACAUCCCUCACAGCGUGUGGAAUUGGAUUUGCGAUGCUGCAGAGGAAGUCACCCUGGACACAGAAACAGCCAACGGAGACCUGAUCAUCUCCGGUGACGAGAAGCGCAUGCACUGCGGCGUGGAGCGCCGGGACGUCCCGCGGUGUGCACAGCGCUUCGACAGCUGGUGGUGCGCUCUGGGCCAAAAAGGCUUCUCCUCCGGACGCCACUACUGGGAGGUGGAGGUGGGGGAUCGGGACUGGCGGCUGGGCGUGGCCAAGGCGUCCGCCCAGAGGAAGGGCUUCCGCUCGCUCAACACGGAUACGGGCUACCUGACCCUUCGUCUGGAACGGGGCAUGGAUCUGAAAGCCCUGACGGUGCCCGCCUCUGUGCUACCCCUGAACCUGGUGCCCAGGAAAGUAGGGGUGUACCUGGACUAUGAGCAGGGCCAGCUGUCCUUUUACGACGUGGAGAAGCGCUCUCACCUGUACACCUUCAACGAGGAGUUCACAGAGGAACUGUUCCCGCUGUUCGGGACCGUGGAGGUGGUGAAAGACCUGGUGAUCAGGCCAGCAGAUGCCAGGCAGCGCUGCCUCUGUCCCGGGCCCUGCCUCUGGACCUGAACCACCCCCCACCCCCACUCCUUGUACAUAGCUCCUCAGUCCUUUCGCCCAGCAACCCAGUGAGACUAUGCUUUGUUCUGGUCCAUUGCUGGCACAAUGACUAGCUUGAACUUUGUGUGUUAGUUCUGGGCUACAAGUCUGAUCUUAUUGGUGGGUUGCCUUGUGAGAUUAGGAAUAAAAUCAGCCAUCAUUCUGCAUUAUUCUCUCCGUUGCUCUGCCUUCAUGAGGAUUUGUGUGAUUGUUUGUACUUGUUGUAAUGAUGAAUGUUAUUUCUGUGCGGUGGAAACCUUGCAUCUCCAAAUUGUUAACUUUUUCAGCUUUUUUCAGCUUGACUCAAUCCAUUUUUGAUAAUAUCCAGUGGGGUUUUGAAAAGGUUUCAAAAGCCCAAAGAGAAUUUUCUCAAACCAUAAUCGAGCAUGUGAUCCUUUAACUGAAAUGAAAACAUUAAAACCACUUGAAUUGGAGCUGCAACGUUUUCACUUGACCUCAGUGACAGGGAGCUAUUAUUAUUAUUAUUAUUAUUAUUUUUUUUUUUUUCAUCAUAUUUUAUUACUUUGAACAUUUAAAACACUUGCAAACUGACUCCUGGAAUGUAAAUGUGUCAGUUGUGUUAUAAAAGUGUGAUGGUGCUGUGAAAGACUAUGUGAGCUGCUACUCAAAUGUUCUGUGCAGUUUUACAGUAGAAGUGAUGGGGGGGGGGGGGCAAAUAAUCAGAGUGGGUAGACGGCAUGCAAACAGUCAACUUUCAAUCUGCUGUGUUCUCUUUGUGUCAACUUUGGCUGCAAAUGUUUCUGCCAUGCACACGCUUGAGUUUUGCAGUUGUGUUUUUGUUUAUGGUAUGUGCGCAAUAUUGGGAUGGCGAUGCUUUUUUCAAAAUGUCAAUAAAUGAACGGUUACUGGUUAA